UUCCCUUUUUAGUCUUUUUGGAUCAAACACGCCGCAGUAUUCGAAAGCUUAUCCACACAAAUUCAUCACGCUGACACAACAAGUGCUAGAUUCAUUGCUUUUGAAUAUACCGAGGGUUAUUCGAUUCAUUUCGUUUGUUUCCGAUCGUUUCGCAUAAACUGAUUUGGAGGGUGUUUGGGAUAACUAUAGAAAUCAUACCUUCGAUGGCUUGUUCUUCAACUUCAUCCAUUCAGAAAAACUUCAAGUAUGAUGUGUUUCUGAGUUUCAGAGGUGAAGACACUCGUACUAACUUCGUUGAUCAUCUUUAUCAUGCUCUUCAUCAGAAAAGUAUUCACACAUACAGGGACGACGUGAGAAUCAAGAAAGGGAAAAGAAUAAGUGAUGAGCUGAUCGGAUCCAUUAAAGAUUCAAAGUUCUACAUCAUUGUUUUCUCCAAGAACUAUGCAUCUUCAUCUUGGUGCUUGGAUGAACUUGUAAAGAUAAUGGAGUGUCAAACUACCACCGAGCAUACCGCAUAUCCCGUCUUCUAUGAUGUAGAACCGUCUGAAGUCCGCAAACAAAGCGGGGCAGUAGCGGAAGCAUUUGCUAAACAUGAAAAGGAAGAGGCUGCUGGGAAAUGGAGAGAUGCUCUGAAAAAAGCAGCGGAUCUGGCUGGGUGGGAGUUGAAGAACACCGCUAACGGGCAUGAAGCUGAAUUCAUCCAAAAAAUCGUUGAAGAGCUUUCACUAGAGCUACGAUCUAUCAGUUUCAACGUUGAUGAAAAAUUAGUAGGAAUGGAGGCCCGGGUCAAGGAUGUUGUAUCAGCUUUAGGAACUGAUUUUGAUGAUGUUCGUAUGGUGGGGAUCAAGGGGAUGGGAGGUGCUGGGAAGACAACUUUGGCAAGAGCUGUUUUUGAUCAAAUCUCCUUUCUGUUUGAAGGUAUAAGCUUUGUAGAGAAUGUGAGGGAAGCUUCAAACACAUCUUUGUUUGGUUUGAAGUCUUUGCAAAAUCAAGUCCUUUCAGAUGUUUUAAAUGAUAAAGACAUCAAAGUAAGUAAUGUUUAUGACGGGAAACACCAGAUGAAGAGGAGGAUGAGUGAUAAAAAGGUUCUUGUUGUUCUAGAUGAUGUGGAUCAUAUAGACCAACUUGAUGCGUUAGCCGGUGAACCUGAUUGGUUUAAGCCGGGAAGUAGGAUUAUCAUUACAACAAGAGAUGAGCAGGUUUUGGUAGCACACAGAGUAAAAUUUAUUCGUGAUGUCACUCUGUUAUCAGAUGGAGAAGCAAUUUGCCUCUUCAGUAGGUAUGCAUUUGGGAGAGAUAUUCCAAUUCAAGGGUAUGAAGAGCUAUCAAGACAAGUUGUACGUUACGCUGCUGGUCUUCCCUUAACGAUGAGAGUUUUGGGUUCGUUUCUGUGUGGUAAAAUUGAGCUUGAAUGGGUAGAUGCCUUAGAAAGGCUUAAAACAAUCCCAUUAGCGGAAACUUUGAAAAAAUUAGAAUUAAGCUAUAUCGGUCUAGAGGAGGAUUACAAGGAAAUAUUCCUAGAUGUUGCAUGUAUCCUGAGAGGUUGGUUGAAAAACGAUGCAAUCAAAGCGCUUGAAAGCUGUGGAUUUCAUGCUAGAAAUGGUUUAAGAGUUCUUCAACAAAAAUCUCUCAUAACUAUUAAUAGUAAUUUUAAUUAUGAGCGGGUGGAAAUGCAUGACCAUAUUGUAGAAAUGGGCAGGAAUAUUGUUCGUCGGCUGCACCCCAAUAAACCUCACAAACAUAGCCGAUUGUGGAUUAACGAAGAAAUUGAAGACAUAUUGGCUAAUGAUUUGGGUACUAAAGCAACAAGAUGUAUACGAUGUACCAUGAGAUUCAAUCCGGAUAUUGGUAUAAAAGGUCUUGGAAAGAUGAAGAAACUUAGGUUUCUUUCAAUGUUUUUCCCAUUUUCCUCUAUUUCGGAAUUUAAUAUAGUUAGCCAAGACUUUCCAAAUGCUUUACAAUAUCUGCAAGUGGGAAAUUACCCUUUUAGGUCUUUACCCAAAACAUUUCAAGCAACUAAUCUUGUUGCACUUAAGAUGAGGUACAGUAAGAUCGUUCAACUGUGGGAAGGGGGAGAAAGAAAGGUUCUUAACAAGCUGAGAUUCCUUGACCUCAGUUAUUCAAAGUUGAGUACCUUUGACCUUGGGCUUACUCCAAAUCUUGAAACCCUGACUCUUCGACAAUGUUCUGAUUUGGUAGAACUUCACGUGGCAAUUGGAUGUUUAAAGCUCACGUCUGUUGACCUUGAAGGUUCAAGGUUAAGGACCGUUGACCUUGGUCGGGCUCCAAAUCUCGAGACUGUGAUUCUCUCUGAAUGCCAUAAUUUGGUAGAACUUCACAUGCCUGAUAGUUGUUUAAAUCUCAGCUCCUUACUACUCUCUAAUUCCAAGUUGAGUACCCUUAACAUUGGGCUGACUCCAAAUCUCAUAUCUUUAGAUCUUAAAAAUUGCUGCUAUUUGGGAGAUUUUCACAUGGCUGGUGAAUGUCUAAAGCUGACCAAGCUUGACAUUAAUCAUUCAAAGUUGAGGACCCUUGACCUUGGGAUGACUCCGAAUCUCAAGAAUUUGGAUCUUGAUAGUUUUUACUAUUUGGAAGAACUUCACAUGCCCAAUGAAUGUGAAAAGCUUGCCUAUCUAAGAAUUAGUGAUUCAAAGUUGAGGACCCUUAACCUUGGGUUGACUCCAAAUCUUGAGAAUUUGGAUCUUGAUAAUUGUUAUUGUUUGGAAGAACUUCACACGGCUGAUGAAUGUGGAAAGCUUGCAUAUUUGAAAAUUAGUCAUUCAAAGUUGAGGACCCUUAACCUUGGGUUGACUCCAAAUCUUGAGAAUUUGGAUCUUGAUAAUUGUUAUUGUUUGGAAGAACUUCACACGGCUGAUGAAUGUGGAAAGCUCGCAUAUUUGAAAAUUAGUCAUUCAAAGUUGAGGACCCUUAACCUUGGGAUGACUCCGAAUCUCGAGAAAUUGGAUCUUCAUCAUUGUUAUUGUUUGGAAGAACUUUACAUGGUUGAUGAAUGUGGAAAGCUCACCCAUCUAAGAAUUAGUGAUUCAAAGUUGAGGACCCUUAACCUUGGGUUGACUCCAAAUCUUAAGAAUUUGGAUCUUGAUAAUUGUUAUUGUUUGGAAGAACUUUACAUGGGUGAUGAAUAUGAAAAGCUCACCUAUCUAAGAAUUAGUGAUUCAAAGUUGAGGACCCUUAACCUUGGGCUGACUCCAAAUCUCAAGAAUUUGGAUCUUGAUAACUGUUAUUGUUUGGAAGAACUUCACAUGGCUGAUGAAUGUGGAAAGCUCGUCUGUUUAAAAAUUAGUCAUUCAAAGUUGAGGACCCUUAACUUUGGGCUAACUCCAAAUCUCAAGACGUUACAUCUUAAAGAAUGUAGUAAUUUGGUAGAACUUCACACUACCAUCGGAUGUCUAAAAAAGCUUGCUCACCUAGACGUAAGUGGUUGUUUGGGGUUUAACUCUUUUUUGUUUAACUUAAAAGAUUAUACUUCUUGUAGUGUGGAUGCAUCACUUGAGGUCGGUCCUUUAGCUGAGUUACAUAUUAUCGUAAAGUCCCUAGAAAAUUGCCCAAUUAAGCCUGACAAUAGCUUGCCAAAGUUUCAGUUUAGUUGUUUUUAUGAAGAAGAUCGACCUUCAGUGACUGGAAAUCUUGAAAUGCUUAUUUCUCUAGGUAUGUGUGCUUGCACAAAUCUUGAGACUUUUUCAGGAAUCCUUUUUGGGUUACGAUCUUUAAGAAUGCUUAAACUGGAAGGCAAUAUUCUAGAGAUUCUUAAGAACUUUGACCAGUCAAUGAAGGUCAAUGAGUUAAUUUUGUUGUCUCCAACGAUUAAGCAUCUUCCGGAUAGCAUUUGGAUGUUGAAACAUCUGAAAUCUCUCGAACUUAAUCUUUGUGUGUGGCUUGAGAAGUUACCUGAGGAUCUUGGCCAGUUAGAAUGUUUAGAGAAGCUGAAUUUUUCAUAUACAAUGAUUAAGCAUCUUCCGGAUAGCAUUUGUAUGUUGAAACAUCUGAAAUCUCUCCAACUUAGAUUCUGUUGCUUUUUUGAGAAUUUGCCUGAGGAUCUUGGCCGAUUAGAAUGUCUGGAGGAUCUAACUUUAUCUUCUACAAUGAUUAGCCAUCUUCCGGAUAGCAUUUGCAUGUUGAAACAUUUGAAAUCUCUUGAGCUUAUUUCUUGUUCAUUGCUUGAGAAGUUACCUGAGGAUCUUGGACAAUUAGAAUGUUUAGAGAAGCUAUCCCUAGAGAAGUGUGAAUUUUUACAAGAUAUCCCGAAUAGCAUCGUUAAGAUGAAAUCACUAAAAUAUUUCCAUCUCCCCUAUUGUACUCGAGUUGAGAAGUUGCCUGAGGAACUUGGAAGUUUAGAAUGUUUAAAAGAGAUAGAUAUAGAAGGUACAAGCAUAAGUCAUCUUCCACAGAGCAUUUUUUUGCUGAAAGAUGUACAUAUUACUGGGUCAAGAGGGAUUGCUCAGUUAUGGGGUUUUACACCCGAGAUACAAACCCCAGAAUGCAAAACAACCUAUGUCCGACUAAAUGGUGAUGGGAUGAUUUUGAGAAUAUCAGAAGGCCCGGGGAAGCCAAUUCAGAAAGAACUAUUGUAACAGAUACUGGGAGAAUGAGAAGGUGCGACUAGACUACAGGCCAGUUCACAUGAACACUCUUGAUGAUGAAGUCGACGGUUUCGCUCGUAUAUUAAUGGCAUCCUCCCAAGGAUCAAAUCUGCUGUUAACCAUUAUCAAGAAUUUAUUUUAUUGUAUGCACAAUUUUGAUAAUAAAUUGUUGCACGUACAACCCUAAAAUCAUGCACAUAAGUCGUCUUUGGAAAAUCUCAUGGUAGUUCUUGUGA